CAUCUUCCCUUGCAGCUGCUUGCUGUUCAAGCCCUGCCGUCCUGGACCUGCCGGAGGCUCGCGGGUCUCGGAAAGCAUCCCGCCGCUGGGGCUGCAGCCGGGGAUGGGCGCCGCACACCUGCUCUGCGUUUUCUUGGCGCUCGCUGCGCCAGGGGUCCUCGGUCAGUGUAAGUUCCUGCCAAGGUAUCCUUUUGCUAAGCCUAAAAUUCAGAGUGAUCAGUCUGAGUUUGCUGUUGGGACAACUUGGGAAUAUGAAUGCCUUCCUGGGUAUUUCAAGAAGUCAUUCUUUACCACCUGCCUAAAGACCUCCAAGUGGUCAGAUGCUCAGCAAUUCUGUAAACGUAAAUCAUGUAUGAUUCCCAGUGAACUCCUCCAUGGCUCUGUCCUCACACCCAUGGGCAUUGUGUUUGGGUCAACAAUUACAUAUUCUUGUAAUACAGGAUACCGACUCAUUGGUGACUCAUCUGCCACAUGUAUUAUCUCAGACAAUACUGUAAUUUGGGAUAAGGAUGUGCCUUUUUGUGAAUCUAUUCCUUGUGCGCCACCCCCAGCCAUCUCCAAUGGGGACUUUCUCAGCAGCAGUAGUGAGUACUUUUACUAUGGAAUGGUGGUGACUUAUCGGUGCCAUGUUGGACAGAACAGGAAAAAACUGUUUGACCUGGUGGGCCAGCCGUCAAUAUAUUGCACCAGCAAAGACAAUCGAGUUGGCAUCUGGAGCGGCCCUCCCCCUCAGUGUAUUCCUCUAGUCAAAUGCCCAAUUCCAGAAGUUGAAAAUGGAAUUAUGGAAUCUGGAUUUAGACGUGCAUUUUCCUUAAAUGAUACUGUGAUGUUUAAGUGUAAGCCUGGCUUCACCAUGAAAGGCAGCAACACAGUAUGGUGCCAACCAGGCAGCAAAUGGAAUCCUCCUCUGCCAAAGUGCUUCAAGGGGUGUCUACCACCUCCUCAUAUCCACCACGGUAAUUAUAACAAAAUGGAUCAUGAAUUCUUUCCAUUUGGACAGAAAGUGUCCUACAGCUGUGAGCCUGGCUACGCUCUGGUUGGAACUCACAUUGUGAAGUGCACACCCUUGGGAACAUGGAGCCCUACGGCCCCCACAUGUGAAGUGAAAUCAUGUGAUGCCAUCCCAAGCCAGCUUCUCAAUGGCCGUGUUGUGGCUCCUCCUAAUCUCCAGCUUGGGGCAGAGGUUUCAUUUGUUUGUGAUAAGGGGUACCGGUUAAAUGGCCAGUCUUCUAGUACAUGUGUCUCAAAAGGAAUGGGAGUAUUCUGGAAUAAUAAGUUUCCUGUCUGUGAACGAAUUUCUUGUGACUCUCCUCCUCCUAUCAAAAAUGGUAGGAGUGGUUACUUCUCUGGUCCCAUACCUCUUGGCACUGUUCUAAGGUUCUCUUGCCUCAGUGGCUUCCGUCUCAUUGGAGAAAAAAACAUUUUUUGUAUAAGUAAAGACCAAGUGAAAGGAAUCUGGGAUAAAGCUGCUCCUGUAUGUGAACCAUUCAAUAGGAAUUCUGUUUGCCCUGAGCCCGUAGUACCAGGGGGAUACAAAGCUAAGACAUCUAGACCACCAUACAGACAUGGUGAUUCUGUGACGUUUACCUGCAAUGCCAACUUCACCAUGAAAGGAAACAAAUCCGUUUGGUGCCAAGCAAAUAAAACAUGGGGGCCGACACCGCUACCAACCUGUGAGAGUGAUUUCCACCUGGAGUGUCCACCACUUCCCGUGAUCCUUAAUGGACGUCAUACAGGGAACAAUGCUGGCCCCGCUGCCCCAGGAGUGUCUGUGACUUACAGCUGUGACCCUGGUUACUUACUUAAUGGAGAAAAGACCAUUCGAUGUUUGUCUACAGGAGAGUGGAGUGCUGUCAUUCCCACAUGUGAAGAGGCACAGUGUGAAUCUCCAGGACCAUUGCUCAACGGGCAGAUAAAGGGGCCUGCAAGUCUUCGGGUUGGCGUAAUUGUGUACUUUUCCUGUGACGAAGGGUAUCAAUUACAAGGCCAACCUUCUAGUCAGUGUGUAAUUGCCGAACAGAAGGCUUCUUGGACCAGGAUGCCCGUAUGUAAAGAAAUUUUUUGCCCGCCACCUUCUCCUGUUCUCAAUGGAAGACAUUCAGGCAGCUCUUCAGUGAACUUUCCAUAUGGAAGCACAGUCACUUACACCUGUGACCCGGACCCAGAGCGAGGAGUCAGCUUCACCCUUAUGGGGGCGAAAACCAUCCGUUGUACCACUGAUAGUCAGAAGAACGGGGCCUGGAGUGGCCCGGCCCCACACUGUGAACUUGCUACUUCUGCAGUUAGGUGUCCACCUCCCCAUAUCCUAAGAGGCCAAAUAUUAUCUGGGCAGAAAGAUCAAUAUUCCUAUAACAACACUGUGGAAUUUGCUUGCCUGUUGGGCUUCACCAUGAAGGGCAGCCCAAGAGUCCGAUGUAAUGCCCAGGGCGCCUGGGAGCCGUCAGCACCCGUCUGUGAGAAGGAGUGCCAAGCUCCUCCUAAAAUCCUCAAUGGGCAAAAGGAAGAUAGGCGCAUGAUCCACUUUGACCCUGGAACAUCCAUGAAAUAUAGCUGUGACCCUGGCUAUGAAUUGGUGGGAGAAGCAUCCAUACAUUGUACCGCUGAGGGCGUGUGGACACCCGCUGCCCCUAAGUGCAAAGUGGCAGAAUGUGAACCUGUAGGAAAGCAACUCUUUAAAAAACCCCAGGAUCAAUUCAUUAGACCAGAUGUUAACUCUUCUUGCGAUGAAGGGUACCGGUUAGAUGGGAGUGUUUAUCAGCAGUGUAAAGGCACAAUUCCAUGGUUUAUAGAGAUUCGUCUUUGUAAAGAAAUAACCUGCCCACCACCCCCUGUCAUCUACAAUGGGACACACACAGGAAGUUCCACCGAAGACAUUGUGUAUGGGACCACCGUCACUUACACAUGCAACCCCGGGCCAGAGACAGGAGUGACGUUCCACCUCAUCGGGGAGAGCACCAUCCAUUGUACGAGCGACGAUCAGAAGAGAGGCAUCUGGAGCGGCCCUGCUCCUCGCUUGGGAUUCCUGGGUCAAUGCAGAGCCCCGCCACAGUUUUCAUUUGCCAAGCCUUCAAAAUGGAUUGAUGAGUAUGAGUUUCCCACUGGGGCAUCUUUGCACUACGAAUGCCGUCCUGGUUACCACAGGAAAUUGUUCUCUAUCACCUGCCUACAAAAUGCAGUCUGGACAGAUGGUGAAAAGAACUGUAUACGUAAAUCAUGUGGAUCUCCUCCAGAACCCAUAAAUGGCAAAAUGGACAUAAAUAGAGACACCCGGUUUGGAUCAACAGUUAAUUAUUUUUGUAAUGAAGGAUACCGACUCCUUGGUCGAUCUUCUGCUGAGUGCAUCAUCUCAGGCAACACUGUCAUUUGGGAUAAUGAAGCACCUAUUUGUGAGAGUAUUCCUUGUGGCCCACCCCCGGCCAUCACCAAUGGAGAUUUCGUUAGCACUGACAGAGAAUAUUUUCAUUAUGGAAUGGUGGUGACCUAUCACUGCAAACGUGGCAAGAGAGGGCAAAAGUUGUUUGACCUCGUGGGCGAGCCAUCAAUAUACUGCACCAGCAAGGACGGUCGCGUCGGCGUCUGGAGCGGGCCUCCCCCUCAGUGCAUCAUACCUAACACAUGCACGCCUCCAGACAUUGAACAUGGAAUAAGGGUGUCUGAGAACAGAAGCUUAUUUUCCUUAAAUGAAGUCGUGACAUUUCAGUGUCAGCCCGGCUUUGUCCUGCAAGGACCGUCCAGGGUGCGAUGUCAGGCCCAGAACACAUGGGGGCCAGAGUUGCCGAGGUGCUCCAGGGUCUGUCCACCCCCUCCAGAAAUCCUGCACGGUAAGCACACCCCAAGGCGCAUGGACAACUUUUUCCCCGGGCAGGAAGUAUUAUACAGUUGUGAGCCGGGCUAUGAGCUCAGAGGGGCUGCUGCUCUGCGCUGUACACCCCAAGGAGACUGGAGCCCCCAAGCCCCCCAGUGUGAAGUAAAAUCCUGUGCUGACUUCCUGGACCAACUCCCUAGUGGCCGAGUGUUAUUGCCACUUAAUCUCCAGCUUGGGGCAAAAGUGUCCUUUGUUUGUGAUGAGGGGUUCCAAUUAAAAGGCAGCUCUGCUAGUCACUGUGUCUUGGUUGGAAUGGAAACCCUUUGGAACAGCAGUGUUCCUGUGUGUGAACAAAUCUUGUGUCCAAAUCCUCCAGCUAUCCUCAAUGGGAGACACACAGGAAAACCUCAGGAAGUCUUCCCUUUUGGAAAAGAAGUAACUUACACAUGUGACCCCCACCCAUACAGAGGGAUGACCUUUACCCUCUCUGGGGAGAGCACCCUCCGCUGUACAAGCGACGGUGGAGGGACUGGGAUUUGGAGCGGCCCCGCCCCUCGCUGUGGACUUCCAGGUUACUGUAAUGCCCCAGAUCCUUUUCAGUAUGCUAAGUUGAAAAUCCAAACCAACGAAACUGUGUUUCCCACUGGGACAUCUUUAAAUUAUGAAUGCAAGCCUGAGUACUACAGGAAGUCUUUCUCUAUCACAUGUCUAGAAAACCAGAUGUGGUCAAGAGCCAAACAUGUCUGCAAACGUAAAUCAUGUAGGACUCCUCCAGAUCCUGUGAAUGGUGUGGUGCACAUAGGCACAGACACCGAGUUCAUAUCCAGAAUCAAUUAUUCUUGUAAUAUAGGGUAUCGACUCCUGGGAAGCUCAUCUGCUAAGUGUAUCGUCUCAGGAAAUACUGUCAUGUGGGAGACAGAGCCGCCCAUCUGUGAACGGAUUCCUUGUGGCCCACCCCCGGCCAUCGCCAAUGGAGAUUUUGUCAGCACUGACAGAGAAUAUUUUCAUUAUGGAAUGGUGGUGACCUAUCACUGCAAACGUGGCAAGAGAGGACAAAAGCUGUUUGACCUCGUGGGCGAGCCAUCAAUAUACUGCACCAGCAAGGACGGUCGCGUCGGCGUCUGGAGCAGGCCUCCCCCUCAGUGCAUCAUACCUAACACAUGCACGCCUCCAGACGUUGAGCAUGGAAUAAGGGUGUCUGAGAACAGAAGCUUAUUUUCCUUAAAUGAAGUCGUGACAUUUCAGUGUCAGCCCGGCUUUGUCCUGCAAGGACCGUCCAGGGUGCGAUGUCAGGCCCAGAACACAUGGGGGCCGGAGUUGCCGAGGUGCUCCAGGGCAUGUCGGCCCCCUCCAGAAAUCCUGCACGGUAAGCACACCCCAAGCAACUCGGAUGACUUUCCCCCCGGGCAAGAAGUGCUGUACAGCUGUGAGCCGGGCUAUGAGCUCAGAGGGGCUGCUGCUCUGCGCUGUAUGCCCCAGGGAGACUGGAGCCCCGCAGCCCCCCAGUGUGCAGUGAAAUCAUGUCCUGACUUCCUGGAGCAACUCCCCAAUGGCCGUGUGCUCUCUCCACUUAAUCUCCAGCUUGGGGCCCAAGUGUCCUUCGUUUGUGAUGAGGGGUUCCAUUUAAAAGGAAAGUCUGCUAGUUACUGUAUCUUGGUUGGAAUGAAGCACCUUUGGAGCAACAGCGUUCCUGUGUGUGAACAAAUCUUUUGUCCAAAUCCUCCAGCUAUCCUUCAUGGGAACCACACAGGAACUUCUCUGGGACGCAUUCCCUACGGAAAGGAAAUCACUUACACGUGUGACCCCCACCCAGAUGGAGGGAGGCCCUUCACCCUCCUUGGAGAGAGCACCCUCCGCUGCAUGAGCGACGGUCAAGGGAAUGGGAUUUGGAGCGGCACCGCCCCUCGCUGUGCGCUUUCUGGUCCUGCUGGUCACUGUAAGGCCCCAGAACAGUUUCCAUUUGCCAACCCUACAACCCCGACUGAUGAGUCUGAGUUUCCAAUUGGGACAUCUUUGAAUUACGAAUGUUCCCCUGGGUAUUUUGAGAGUAUGUUCUCCAUCACCUGCUUAGAAAACUUGGUCUGGUCAAGGGCUGAAGAUACCUGCAGAAGAAAAUCAUGUGGAACUCCUCUAGAACCCUUCAAUGGCAUGGUGCAUAUAAACACAGAUACCCAAUUUGGAUCAACAGUUAAUUAUUCUUGUAAUGAAGGGUAUCGACUCAUUGGUUCCCCAACUGCUGCUUGUCUCCUCUCAGGCAAUAACGUCACUUGGGAUAAGGAGGUACCCAUUUGUGAGAGUAUAUCUUGUGAGCCACCCCCAGGCAUAUCCAAUGGAGACUUCUACAGCAGCAAUCGAAGUGUUUUUCAGUACGCAACAGUGGUGACUUACCAGUGUCACACUGGACCAGGCGGACAAAAGCUGUUUGACCUCGUGGGAGAACGUUCAAUAAACUGUACCAGCAAAGGCGAUCAGCGUGGUGUUUGGAGCAGCCCUCCUCCUCAGUGUGUUCCUGCUAAUAAAUGCACAGCUCCAGAAGUUGAAAAUGGAGCUAGAGUGUCGGAAAAUGGGAGUUUAUUUUCCUUAAAUGAGACUGUGAGAUUUAGAUGUCAUCCUGGCUUUGUCAUGAAAGGGUCUGACACUGUGCAAUGCCAAGCCAACAGCACAUGGGUACCUGAGCUGCCAGGCUGCUCCAGGGCAUGUUGGCCCCCUCCAGAAAUCCUGCACGGUAAGCACACCCCAAGCAACUCGGAUGACUUUCCCCCCGGGCAGGAAGUGCUGUACAGCUGUGAGCUGGGCUAUGAGCUCAGAGGGGCUGCUGCUCUGCGCUGUACGCCCCAGGGAGACUGGAGCCCCGCAGCCCCCCAGUGUGCAGUGAAAUCAUGUCCUGACUUCCUGGAGCAACUCCCCAACGGCCGUGUGCUCUCUCCACUUAAUCUCCAGCUUGGGGCCCAUGUAUCCUUCGUUUGUGAUGAGGGGUUCCGAUUAAAAGGUAGCUCUGCUAGUCACUGUGUUUUGGCUGGAAUGAAAAGCCUUUGGAACAGCAGUGUUCCUGUGUGUGAACAAAUCCUGUGUCCAAAUCCUCCAGCUAUCCUUAAUGGGAGACACACAGGAGAACCUCAGGAAGUCUUUCCUUUUGGAAAAGAAGUAACUUACACAUGUGACCCCCACCCAGACAGAGGGAUGAUCUUCACCCUCCUUGGGGAGGGCACCCUCCGCUGCACGAGUGACAGUCAAGGGACUGGGGUUUGGAGCAGCCCCGCCCCUCACUGUGCACUUUCUGGUCCUGCAGCAUGCCCACCUCCACCCAAGAUCCGCAAUGGGCAUCUCAUCGGAGGACAUGCAGCUCCCUAUCUCCCUGGGAUGACAGUCACCUACACUUGUGACCCAGGCUACCUGUUAGUGGGAAAGGCCUUCAUUUUCUGUACACACCGGGGAACCUGGAGCCAAUUUGAUCAGGAUUGCAAAGAGGUAAAAUGUAGCCUCCCACAGCUUAUGAAUGGAAUCCGGAAGGAGUUGGAAAUAAGAAAAGUGUAUCACUAUGGAGAUAAUGUAACUUUGGAGUGUGAAGAUGGGUAUACUCUGGAAGGAAGUCCCCAGAGCCAAUGCCAGGCAGACAACACAUGGCACCCUCCUCUGGCCACGUGUACAUCUCGCUCACGUAAUGCUCUUAUAGUUGGCAUUUUCUUUAGUGUGAUCUUCUUCAUUUUACCCUUCAUUGUUUCCUGUUGGGUAAUUCUAAAGUGCAGAAAAGGCAAUAAUAUAGAUGAAAAAUCUAAAAAAGGGAUUAUCUGUUUACAUCCCCAAGAAGGCAACGGUGUUCAUCUUCAAACUCUGCAAACAAAUCAGGAAAAUAACAGGUCAGAAAUACUAAAUUCAACAGAGGACAGUAGAAGUGACCACAGGAUAAAGUGUCUUCCUUGACAAAGUACUAUAAAGCUGGAGAACACCUCAAAUUCAGAUGGUUAGCUGGAAAUCAGCCAGUUCAUUUCAACAGAAUAAGAUCUGAGACUCAUUAAAUCUUGGAAGUGACUUCACAGAGACGCAAACGUGUGCAUAUGAAGAUGCUGACACUCUCCUAUGUUACAGUGAAGCUCCAGCCUCUUAUUUGGGUUUAUUGCCACUCUAACCCCUUUCCUUGUGCUGAGAGCACACAGUGUAUUAGGCAGGGAAAGGACUGCACUUAGAUAUAUAAAUAGUCUGAAUUGCUUAAAGGAGGAUGGUGUGAGUUAGGAUUUCUGUUUACAAGUUUGUCUUCUUUCUAAUUUUCAAAUGUAUGUAAUGUGGUGGGCUCAUUAAGGAGAAAUUGGAAACUGCAGGAUGAAGAUAUGGAAAACAAGUCAAAUAUAAUUAUGUUACCCAGUGAUACCACAAUAUUUUUAUUCACUUUGAGAAUCUUUAUAUACACAAAUUUCCUUCUCCAACAGACUGAUUUCUAUAGUGCAGAACCCACUCCUUUUAGAUAGACUGGAUUAAAAUAUAUGCUAAUAUCAGUUUUCAGUUUCUCUAGGGAUAAAAUGUAAUUUCUGUUUUAAAAUGGCAUUAAACUAUUAUAGGGGGGAUGUGUUAAGACAAUUCAAGAGAAAUAUCAGAAAUAAAAUUAAGCCUUGGAUGUUUCCUAAGCUCUAUUUCAAAAGCACUUUGUACUGUGUUCUGUAUUAAAACAAUACUAAAAUUUAAAUAAAAUAAUGAUUUUAUAAUAAAAAAA